AUUUAACAGUGUAUGUAGAGCUUCCGGUUUUCCACACACGCACAGUGCUGGAUUGAAUGUUGUCGACUCUGCAAGUCUGAGUGGAAACACACAGCAGAGAGAUGUGGUGGGUGCUGUGGGUGCUCGCCGCCUUGCUGGCUCUCUUCUCCACUUUUGAUGUGUGGUACUUCCUCCGGGUAGCUGCUGUGGUCCUCCGAGCCUGGUUCCAGCCUCCAAUCUGGGACGUCACAGCAGAGCAGAUCCGAACAAGCCGGGUCACUUCCAAUGACAUCGACAUGUGCCACAUGAACAAUGCUCGUUACCUGCGGGAGUGUGACUUUGCCCGCUUCUCUCUCUACAUGCGUAACGGUGUGUUCAAGGCACUGCGAGCACUCAAAGCUACAAUGGUAGUGGGUGCCACCACCAUCCGUUACCGCAGGGCUCUGUAUAUAGGCGAGGGGUACGAGCUGCGGAGUCGCAUCGUCACUUGGGAUGACAAAGCUUUUUUCCUGGAACAGAGAUUUGUGUCAACAAAAGAUGGGUUGGUGUGUGCCGUAAUGUACUGCAAGCAGAGCAUCAUACGCAGCAGCCCAGACAAGAUCUUGGAGCACCUGUGUAAGCGGAAGGUGGAGUGCCCUGAGUUUCCGGAGGACCUUCAGCACUGGGUCAACUUCAUCUCCGCCAGCAGCCAGACCCUCAGAGCCGAGAGUGGACUAGAGGAGAAGAACAAAUAAGACAUUACGUGGACAACUUUAAGAUUGGCUUUUUGUGAAACCGCUAAUUCACCAGCUCAGGAUUAAAAAAGACAUUUGUCUUCUGUUCAGAAUUACUUGAUUUAAACACACUUGUGCCUACUACACACUAAAUUAGCUUUACUUGGAGCCUAAUUCUUACCAAUGUCAACACUACAAGAACUAGCACACCAGACUGUUUUGAGAGGCUGGAAAUUGAUUACUUAUUCAAUAAUAAUAAUAAUAAAGUAAUAACAUUGUAUAAAGUGUAUCUUUGUGUACUAUGACAGCAAUAAAACAAAUCAGUUUUGAAGCAAA